GGCAUUCUACCCCCUUCCCAUAACACAAUGCGGCCAGACCGUGAGCUGCAACGCAAACGGGUCUUCUCAGCUAAUACAAAGCGAAUUAUUUUUUAAUUAAAAAAAACAUUUUAUAAACGAAUAACGGGCGUAGUUGUAACAAACCGGGUGGAAAUAUGAAGCAUAAAAUACCAGGAAAAUGCGGUUGGUUUUCUUUUAACUAAGUUAAGUUAUAUAUGUUAGAGUUUUGUAUCGUUUAAAAAUUAAAUACCCCGACAAUAUAUAGUAGUUAGUACUCGGGCUGGUAGAAAUCCAGAAUGCUAAUUUGUUGUAUAUAAAUAAACACAAAAUCGGAUGGAAUAAAAUAGUAAAUACACUACGUUUAGGUCAACAUUUUUAACUAAAGUUAGAGAAACAAAACCGUAUUAAUAUGUGCUGCUUAGUUUAAUCUAAUGAUUCUUAAAUGACCGUACCAAAAAUACUCUUUCUGUUGUUCAUAAGUGAUUUUAGUGUUGGGAUGCUUUGUAUAGCUGCUUUGACAGGUUUUAACUCCUGACGUCACUAUAAGAUACAAUACGAGUUAACUUUAUUUUUUCGAAUUUUACUAUACAAGUCAAUCGGAGUUACAGCGGUUUUCAUUUCAGUAUACACUGGAUGUGGAUUGCUGUGCGCUCUCUUUUUAAAGAGAAUUCACUAAUUUUGAGGGGUGUCUGGCACGACCUGAAACGAGACUAUAUUGUUGACUGAUUCUGAAUAAUUUAUUGAGGAAAAAUGAGCUCCGCGGUACAGCCAGCUGAUAGUGCCACAAGCGCCGGAAACACCAAUACGAGCAAUCCGAAUGACGAUGGCAUGUCCUGGUGGUAUAAGUGGCUGUGCAAGAUCGCCGGAGUCCUAGGAGGAAUCUCUUGUGCAAUUGCAGGAAUAUGGAACUGUGUCACAAUUAAUCCAUUAAACAUAGCCGCAGGAGUAUGGAUGGUGUUAAAUGCUUUUGUUCUGUUCUUGUGCGAGGUUCCGUUUUGCUGUCAGUUUAUUGAGUUUGCAAAUGCAGUGGCUGCUCGAGCUGACAAACUCCGUCCCUGGCAGAAAGCGUUCUUCUACUGUGGGAUGGCAAUAUUUCCUGUUUUUCUGAGCAUCUCGUUUACCACACUGUUUGGAAAUGCAAUUGCCUUUGCAACAGGGGUACUCUAUGGACUGGCAUCCCUGGGGAAAAAGCUGUAAUGCAUGCAACAUCUCCUCCUAUCCUUGCGUAUACAUGGGGGGAGGGUGUGGGCUAUGCACGCCUGCAGCACCAAAAACCAGGUGACGAGGAGAAACUGACGGGAACUACAGACGGAUUAGCACAAUGACAUCCCACCCUGUCUCUAAACUGCCUGAACACUAACCGGCUACGCAGAAAGAGGAACAGCUCCACUGUCUACCUUUACAAUAGGAUUCUGGGAUUAAAUGCAAAAAUGUAUUGCAGAGUUAGGGUUAGUUUUCUUCUUUGGGGGUCUCUUUUGGUUCUAUGUUUCAGUACGCAGGGUUUCCCUAAAACACCAUGUUUUACUGCCAGGUUUAGUGUGCAAGGAUUUCAAAUAAAAAUGGUUUGUAAUCUUUUUUAAAGAUUUACAAACUGUCUUAAUUUUAAAUGUGUUUUAUACCUCAGGAGAAGGUGCUCCCCAUCUUACAGAAAGAAUUAUUGGAGAAAAUGCAAUAGAAAGGAUUUGUAUAGUCUCGUCAAGAAAUCCUAACGUGUAUGCUGACGAGAUGCAUACUGCAAAUGACUGCAAUAUUUGGUGUAAUUUAAUAAUAUCAAUGAUGCAUCCAGAUCUAUGUAAAUUACAGUUACUAAAUGGGAAUAAGUUACCCGUAAAAAGCAGUACCUGCUACAAAGAAACACUAUGUAUUAGCCGUUUAAACAUAGCAGGACCCAAAAGUGGUUCAAGCAAUGUUUACCAAGCUAUGAAGUAUAUAAGUCUUACACACUACAUGCUAUAAUAGAUAUUUAAAAUCUCAUUUUCAGCAUUGACAGUUCUCUGCAGCUGGGAAAGUAUGGAAACAGGCAUGUUGUCAUAUUGUUUUGUCCUGAAAAUGCAAUACAAAUAAAAAUUAAAAAUCCACAUCAUUAGGAUCAGGUUUCUGGGGUGCAUUAGUGACAUCUAUGAUUUAAUUUCUAGCAGCAUAGUAAAUGUGCUUGAAAUCCUAUUCUGAAUAGUGUGCUUUGUGAUGGAUAUUAUAGAUAACCUAACCGACUAAUGAAUUGCAUUAGGAGUGUCUCAACACAGGAUCUAUGUGUAAAACUUUAAACUAUGAUAUUCCACAAGUUCUAAAUUAGGACAAAUAAGCUUUUAUAGUGACUGGAAUUGAAUUCUCUAGACUUCCUAGGUCUCUCUUUGCUGCAUUACAAUACCUCUGUGUACCUUUACACACUAUAAAGCUGUGACACUUAAUUAGGUAGAUCAUGCUACAAGUUUUCAGUAAAAACCCCAAAUGUUUUUUUUUUUUUAUAAACUUUGAGAAUUUUUAGGUGAAACCCUUUUUACUGUACUUACCAAAAAAAAAUAUUAAAAAGGGAAGAUCCAUGGAGCUUCAUUGCUAGAGGAAAGAACAGCUUUCUCUUCUUUAAAGCCAAGAGGAAAUGUGUUUUCUUCUGCAUUCCUGAUGUGUUUGCUCAGUAAUUAAUACUUGUUCUUUCUGUUACGGUAGAAGAAUGUCGUUUUAUUUUAUUUAGCUUGCAUGUUGUUGCUCUGUGCAGAAUGGAUGGUGCCCCUUUUACAGCAGUACAGAGAUGCACAAGUCUGAAGAUGAGCUUGAAUUUCUUUGAUUUCAAGGUGUAUUGCAGAGCUCAGUAAAUGAUUGGUCCUAGUUUCCAGAUAAGAUGGGUAAUAUAAACAACCAGCAGCCGGUCCCACCUCAAUCACAGUAUUGAAAGAGCCGUCCAGCAUUUUUAAAAAACCCACAGAAGACGUUCAACAGCAAGCAUUGUAGAUAUUCUAUUGUGAUGUGCACUAUUGGGUAGAAACAAAAUGCAUUGAUUCAAAUCUUGACUAUUUUAUACUGCACUGUCAUCACAAAGACUUUCUUAUGCCUUUUUUGAGGCGUGUUUGUUGAUAUUUGGCUUCUCAAAUUUAGGGCCCGUCGUAUUAGACUUUGCUUUUGUCAACAGAGCAAGCACUUUUUCUAAAGACUGUAUUUCUCUGGAUUAUAGUCAUGGAUCAAAGACAUUUUUCUGCAUGAUCAAUAAUCAAUGCAUGGGGUUAGUUAACAACAAAUCACUCAUUGUAUUUAGUAGUUAAUAAUUCCUUGAUCUGAAAGGUACAUUUUUCAAAAAAGAAAAAUGUAUAAUAAUUUAUAGUUUUGUACUGUAGGUCUCUGAGGAUCAUUUGAUAAAACAGGAUGCCUUCUGUGUUAUGUAAAUAGUUUUAUAUUUAAAAAAUAACUGCUUUCCUGAAAUUAAAUUCCAGAUCAUUGAAAACUGUGAACACCAAUCUGUUGGUUAACUUGAUACACAGAACAGAAGUGCAUGCAACCAAAUGACUCUAUCAAUAUAAUAAUGUAAAGCAAAGCAUCCAUUAAAUAAACUCAUUUAUGUUAAUGCAGUAAGGUGAGUAAUGUAGGCGGUAGCACUGAUGAAUGAAUUAUACCAGUUUAGCAUUCAGCUCACAAACUCCUGUAAGAGAAGAGAUGGGGCUCCACCAGCAAUACAAAGCUACCAGCAACUCGAAACACACUGAGCAGUGUGCAAAUGAGUUCUACUCAGUGCUCCAGUAAAUAUACUGUGCAUGUGCAAUGUAUCACGGGGUGACUGGGGAUCUAAACACUAUUUUUAUGUCAAUUAAAGAGUACUCGGGUAAAUAUCUAUCUGGGGACUUGGCCACCUUUUCAUUCACACCUGUUUAGCUGUAUCUGCUGUAAAUGGUGCACACUAUUCCAGUGCGAUGGGGGUUCAUGGGUUGUUUUUUUUUUUUUCUUUCCCUUGUUUGUGAUCCUGAAAAGGAGUUUGUUUGCUUGUAGAAACUGAUUUUAAAUUGUGUUCCCCCUGUAUAGUGAUACUAAUGAAUAAACUUAAUUUUGCCUUUUCAUGGAAA